CACCAAAAAGUGAUUGUCAAAAUGGAGUUGAUGUGUACUUAGGUCAGUCUUAAAACAUUUUUGUUGAAUUAAUGGAUUUCUCCUCUACUCCCAUUAGCAAUUUGUGUUGUAAACUAUUGCUUACACUUCAUUAGCAACGCUGGUCGCAUUAAGCUCUUUAACUACGUAACAUAUCGUCAUAAAACAGUAAUGUUUUGAUAGGUACGAUCAACAUUUAUUCAAUCUUUAUCAAAAAUGUCCGCGGCCAGCGCGAUAGAAAACAGUGAAGAGCUUGAGAACGUGCCACUAGUGCGUAUGGAGGACAUACAGCCUUCGAGAGAAAGGAAUAGCGAAGAAGAAUUAGAGACCUGUGUCGUUGAUGACAUUGAAUACGAUUGUGUAGUCAAUGAUGAUGAGGACUCAAACAUUGGGAGUAUGGUGUCCAUUCAGUCUGAAGAAGUGGUUGAAGACGACAGUGACACCGCAGAGAUGAUAGUUCCAGAAGUUCUCGAGCCGUUGGAUGAAAUUCCAAUAGUAAGAGAUGUGACAGAAAAUGAUAUAGUCCCAGAGCAAAAACCCACUGACCUAAAGCCACCAGACAGCUGGCCAACCCUCGAAAUCCUCCCUGGAGGUGUCAUCAAAAAUGCCGACAAAUGCGAAGAUGAUCUCCCCUACCCCGAGGGUCCAGAGAAGGUUGAGAAAGGAGAAAUGAUGUACGCUUGUGCGAAGUGCUCGGAGAGCUUCAAGUACCUCUUCUGUCUGGUAAAGCAUGUGAAAUGGCAUGAGGAUGAGAAAAAGAAAGAGAAGGGGCUGGAUAUGGCCAAACUUACAAACCGUAAGAAAUGCAUCGUUUUGCAUUCGGGCAAAAAGAAGAUGGGCCAGCGAGGAAAAGCCAAGAAAACAAAGAGAUCAUAGUAUCGUAGCUUCAGUAUUAACUGGCGUUGGCUAAAAGAGACAUGUUUUGACUUUUCCGGUGAUAAAUACUGCCGCAUCGUGCAUACAUCCAUUGCAAAACUCAUUGAAUUCCCGAGCGCAUUCAUGCGCUAGAAAUUUCAAAUUUUCACUAGUUUUCCAAUGGCUGUAACGGUUCUUGGACUAACCAACUAUUAGGCCUACACUUUUCACGUCUCUGGCGUUACCAAAAAUGUCUCUGGAGUUACCAAGAAAUCACGUUUCCAAUUUAAUCUUUAUCUAAGAUUUUGGUCUAUUGGUCUAAGAGCUGUGAGGUGCACAAGUGAUUGUGUAUUUUCAUCACCUGGCACUACUUUUCCCCCAAAUGCCAGGCGCAUUGUUAUAUUUGAAUUAAAUACAUAAUUAGCUAUUAUAUCACACCAAACUCAGAGCUCUAUAAAUUGCACACCUUCAAUUGAUUUUACAACCCCUUUGUUGCCCAUCCACUCACGCACCCACCGCUGAACAGCUGCCAGGCGCCCGAAUUGAUUAAUAAUGAUAGUAUGGCACACUAACUAGAGGGAUUUCGUUGCUCUAUAAAUUGCAUACCUAUUGCCGUGGCUAGCUCUCCGGCUAUAUCGCUUGUUUGGACAUAUAAUACAUAAGUAUAAUAGUUAUAGAUUAGUGUCGGUCUAAAAGUUGAUUCGUCCUCUUAUGCGUUGCGAAAUUAUGGUAACUAGUAAGUAACACCACCGAAUGCAGAGUCAAACGUGAAAAAAAUUAAUUAUAGCAUUGUUAAAGACACUAAAAAUAUACAUAUGAUAGGAAAAAGGAAAUGCUGACGUUUUUUACCAGCAAUUAAUGAACUUUUUUGCUGCUGAUGGACAGAGCAUUUAAAUUAGCUACUUCAUGAACAUCGUCUAUGCGAUUAUCUUGCAAAUUUUGCCCGAUCACUGCUAUCUCCUGGGUCACGUCAAGGAAAAUGAAUGAAACCACGACAGCAUUAAUGACGAAUUCUUUGAAGAUGUAAGCUUGAAAAAGAAUCUUAUGAACGAUACAAUCAAACUGUUGCUUCCAUGUGACUACCUCAAUCUGACAAUUUAAUUCAAAAUUAGAUUUGUCGUUUAUAAGUAAUAUACAGUCAACCAAAUUUAACCCUAGACCAAUGUAAAACCAUAUCAAAGUGACCUUAUCAGUUUUAGUAAAUUUGAAAUGGUUCUACGGUGGAGUAGGAUUAUUCUAGUUGUUUGAUUGUACUUACAUAUUAUUUCGCUUCACCAAAUAUGAUAUAGAGCAGCAAGUAAAUGUUAGAUGGAUAGAUAAAUGCAUAUAAGGGAAGUUCAAAUCGGCUGCUUAAUUCUGUCAGAAUUUAAAUGUUUUCUUUAAUUGGUUAUUGGUUUAAUUGGUGUAUUUUUUAAGUGCACUUUGAGCCGCUAAAUUUAAUAGCAAAAAUAAAUUCGUAUUUAGUUUUAUAGUGUAUAUUAUUAUGCGUUUAAACCAAAAUGAGUUGUUUUCGUUCAUUAUAGUUCUUUAUGUCGGUUUAUAUUUGAUUAUUUUAAACGUUGUUCUGUAAGAAUGUUUUAGCUUGUGAAAUAUAGAUAGUCACUUUACUCGGUCUUCACCGUUUCCAUGUUCCAUGAGAGAUAAUAGUGUAUUUUUGCAAUUACAAAGUAGGUAUUUUACUUAACAACUUCCGUAAGCAAAAGGGUUGAUCCAUUUUUUCUUGUACUAGGUCGGUGCUAUGGUUACGUCUCCUGUCACCCUUUAGACCCAAUUUUAUAGAACUAAACAUACACUAUAAUGGUAAUUUUAAGCCCAUUUCUGUGGGGGCCAUCUACUAAGUAUGUUAGUAAAAUGAGUUACAUCAUUAUAACUUAAACUUUCUUACUAUUGUCUCCUGGGUAACGGAGCAAAAUAAGUAGAAUGACAACAAGAAAUAGUUGAUCAAACCACAGUACCUACUAGUUAAUACACGUGACUUCAUACAUAUUAAAAUACAUACAAAGUAGAUUUUUUUAAAUGUAACAAUACUACACAAUAAUGUAGAUAAAUAUUUUUUGUCACAGCAAAAGAAACUUAGUCAUGUAAGGUUUACGUUAAAAUGAAAUAGUCUGUACAGUCAGUAGCAAAUAUUGAUAUGAUACAAAUCAAAGUUCUAACAUGCAUACAACUUUUUGCUUGGCGCGUAGAUAUUCUGUUCGUGUAGAUAUUUGUUGCUGACUAUACUUUGUCAUGCAUAGUGCAAUAGGUUUUGUUUGUGUCUUUAAUUUUAUGAAUUAGUUAUGAAUUUUAUUAAUAAGAAUAUUAUGAUUAUGUUGUGAACUUAUAAAUGUCCUUUAUUUGGCUUUUACGUUUAUGUGUAAAUCUGAAAUUAAUGGUUUUAUUUUCCAAGGGGCCAUUAUUGUUAUAAACUUAUAAAUGAUAAGUCAAUUAUUUUAAAUAAAUUUUAUCGUUUGUUGUAAA